UUUUCGUUUGUUUUUAGCAAAAUAAAUAAAUAAACGUAUUUUAAACAUGUCUCGCGAAGAAAAACAAUUGGAUGCUACCCUAGACGCAGUGCUAAAUCGUUUAAAUGAUUUGAAAAUGUCAAUUGGAGCUAUGAUACACAAAUUGGAAACCGAAUAUGAAACCAUAAAUUGGCCACAGUUUUUGGACAAUUUUGCUCUAAUCUCAAGUCAUCUUACCGGCCUGUCGAAAAUCUUAUCGAAAGAAAUAUGUCCACCUCUGCGAAAUCGUACCGUACUGCCUCUAAUGUUAUCACCCGAUAGAGAUGAACUGCUGGUGAAUCUGACCCAAGGUAGAGUACCUGUUUUCUCACAUGACAUAGUACCCGAUUAUUUGCGCACCAAACCUGCUCCCCUGGCUGAACAGAAAAUGUUACAAAACGAACAGAAAGCCAACAGCCUGACAAAUGAAGCGGCCAGCAAACAAGUGGCUCAAUACAAUAAGGUAGUGUCACAUGUUUUGGAGAUCGUUAGCAAACAACGUGAAGACUGGGAAAUCGAUUCUUCAUCGAGAGCCGGCAUCCAGCAAACCAGUAGUAUGGCCGAUACUCAUGCGCUUGUUGCUGCGGUCGGUAUGGGUAAAGGCUUAAAAUUAACUAUGCCAAUGUCGAUACCCGGUGGUGGACCGGGCAGUAUGAUGGUACCACCAGCUAUUAGGCCACCGGCACCUAUGAGUUCUGUCAGUCCUGGCGGUGUCAAUCAGCUGGGCAAAGCUCCAUCUGCUAUUAAGACUAAUAUCAAGUCUGCUAUGCAAGUUCAUCCAUUUCAAAGAUAAAACCGGCUGGGUUAAGGUUUGUUAGUUAUAGAAUCUAAAUAAUA